AUGGGCGUCGCCGCAAAUGUUGCGGUGGGUCUUGUGGGCGGCUUGGUCCUUGGAGGCGUGCUGGUCUUCCUUUGCAACUUGGCUCUGUCCCGUGGAACUUAUCGAAAGGUUACGGAGGAUGCUGCAAGAAAGGCCAGGGAGAUUCAGAGCAUGAUGGAGGCUAUUCGUGAGAUGCCAAGCCCCGAGUUCACACGCCAAGUGGAGCAAUUGAUGGCUUUGCAUGAGAGCAUGGAGUCAACCAUCCCUUCCUACGAAGACCGGCAGUGCAAUUGGUACGGUUUGAUCCGUCAGCAGAUGCUAUUGGCCAACAAGACCUAUGCAUCCAUUGUGGACACCAUCAGCACCGAUUCAGAGGGAGCCAAGAAGAUCCCCGACUUUGAUUCCUUGAACGACACCACGGACAGCACCAUCAGGGGGAUGUGGUAUCAGACCGAGUACCUCUUCCGCAGAGCUUGCGAAUAUGCAAUGGCGCAGGGUGUUGAGGCGUCUUUGAUCAAAGCCCAACAAAACCUCAUCUCCGAGUUCGAGGAUGCCAUCCGGCGUGUGGCAAAGCACUGCGCGCACGGCCGCCUCAGGCCAGCAGAAGAGAUGCGACCGGUCGCAGCUUCGUUGCCACAAGCUGCGCUGCCAGUCUACUGUGGGAAAGAGAAGAUGCACGCGGAGAAACUGCUUGCAGAACGUGCGACGAAUCAGGAUUUCUUCCAGGUCUUCAAAAAUGAGAAGGACUUUCUGUGGAAUGCUUUGAAAGAUCCACUGAGCACAGAGAAAGCUGUGGCUCGGAGCUUCAAAUUGGUAGUGAAGUGGCUCCCAGAAGAGGCGCUUUCGGAACUCCUUCGUUUUUUCGUCGAUGCGAACGGUGCAGCACCGGCCAUUUGGAUUUCGGGCCUGCCUCUGGACGACGAGAUUCCACCAACACCGGCGUUGCCCGGGGAUUUCCGGCUGCCUGUCAGCGAGGCUUGGCUGCUGGGCCUGGCAAGGUCUUUGGGCAUUCCCUACGGAAUGCUAGGGUUCUAUUCCGACAACGCCAGGGGAGGCUUGAUCCGCGACCUGUCUCCAAAACCAGGUUUGGGAGGCAUCAACCAGCCACACAUCAACUUGGGUUUACAUAGAGAUGUCCCUGCGUGUGUUUCAGGUGGUACUGAGCCAGAUGGCUUCAUCCUCUUAGCUGCCAGAGGAGAUCCAAAGCACGCUGCGCUGACGCGGAUCUGCAGCUCCCAGCUGCUGUUGAAACACCUGGAGCCUAAGCAGAUCUCGGCCCUGCGACGUAGCCCAGUGCGCACCCAAUGUGUCAGGAGCAGUGGCAUCUCCCCCUAUGGCAAACCCUUCUAUGCCAUCGAGGGUGACACGGUGACCUUUUUCUACAUCCCGGAUCACCAGGAUUUCUCCUACGAAAUUGUGAGUGAUGACAAAGAGACAGAGGCUGCUUACCACGAAGCCCUGAAAUUGGCCACGGAGCUCUCUGAUGGAGUGGACCUGCAGGCCGGGGAUGCCUUAGUCAUCAACAACUCUCGAUGUAACCACGGCCGAACAGCCUUCGAACCUACACUGGACGGAUCGGAUCGAUGGCUGCUGAAGACCUUCAUUUCAGCAGGUGGAUGGCAAAGGCCCGGUGAAGCAGCUCCUCUGGUGUGGCCCAGUUUGCUGCUGAAGCCGUGA